AUGGAGCCCCGACUGAAGCCUAACAAGAACAGCAGGAACUUGCAUGUUAAUGUUUCCAUCUUCCGAAGUAUCAUAGGCGGUCUUCGCUACCUGGUUUACACUCGCCCGGACAUAGCAUUCGCCAUCGGGUACCUCAGUCGGUUCAUGGAGGAGCCGACAAUCGAAUACCUCAACACCGUCAAGCAUCUAUUCCGAUACAUUGCAGGCACACGCAAUUAUGGCUGCUGCUAUCUCAAGUGCGACCGGGAAGUUAGAUUGAUUGGGUACAACAACUCUGACAUGGCAGGGGACGUGGACGAUCGAAAGAGCACCACUGGGACAUUGUUCUUACUUGGAGACAGCCCGAUCUUAUGGCAAUCGCAGAAGCAGAGAAUAGUGGCCCUCUCAUCGUGUGAAGCCAAAUAUGUGGCCGCUGCAACUAUAGCCUGUCAGGGAGUAUGGCUGGGGCACUUGAUCGGUGAUCUGCUGGACAUGAAGCCGGUCAUCACCAUCAUUCAUGUGGACAACAAGUCUGCAAUUCAAAUGUGCAAGAAUCUCGUCUUUCACAACCGAAGUAAGGAGAUCGAGACUCGCUACCAUUUCAUUUGGGAAUUUGUAGAAGAAGGGAAGGUUCUUGUAGAGAGUAUCGGCACCAACAAUCAACUUGCAGAUAUCCUGACAAAGUCACCGGGACGUGUGCGGUUUCAGGAGCUACGAGGACGUAUCCGAAUUGUCGACACGAGCAGCAGGUAG